UACACUACUCUAUAUAACUACGUCUGCUCUCACCAAUUUCCAAACCUUGAAACCUCUCACAAGCUAGCUCUCCUGCUUCUUCCUCCACCAGAACCAGAGCUAUCCAAAAUGACCACCUUCACAUUCUCAGUUUUAGCCUCUCUGCUUCUCUCAUUCUUCUCCGUCGCCUUUGCAGCUGAAAAGGGUAACAUCGGAAUUAACUAUGGCCGAAUAGCGAACAAUUUACCGGCACCAACCAAAGUGGUCGACCUGCUCAAAUCGCAAGGCAUCACCAACGUCAAGCUCUACGACACCGACGCCGCCGUUCUCACAGCCUUGGCCGACUCGAACAUAAGCGUCAUCGUUUGUCUCCCGAACGAACUUCUCUCCUCCGCCGCAAAAGACCAGUCGUUCGCCGACAAAUGGGUCCAAGCCAACAUCUCCCACUACUACCCCAAAACCCAAAUCGAAGCCAUAGCUGUCGGAAACGAAGUCUUAGACGACAAGAACAACGCCACUGACUUCCUCGUACCCGCCAUGAAAAACAUCCACGCUUCCUUAAAGAAGUACAACCUCGACUCCUCCAUAAAACUCUCCUCCCCGAUUUCCCUCACUGCCCUCCAAAGCUCCUACCCGCCUUCUGCCGGGUCUUUCAAACCCGACUUGGUCCAACCCGUCAUCAAACCCCUCCUGGAUUUUCUCCAACAAACUGGGUCGUAUCUCAUGGUUAAUGCCUACCCGUUUUUCGCUUACGCGGAUAACUCCGAUGAAAUCUCCUUGGAUUACGCCCUGCUUAAGCAGAACCCGGGCAACGUGGACUCCGGUAAUGGCCUUCGUUACAUGAGUCUGUUGGAGGCCCAACUCGACGCUGUUGUUUCUGCCAUGUCAGCAAUCGGGAACGAAGAUUUGAAGAUGGUGGUGACGGAGACGGGGUGGCCUUCUAACGGCGACGAGAACGAGGUUGGUGCUGGCAAGGAAAAUGCCGCGGCAUAUAACGGGAACUUGGUACGUAGAGUCUUAACGGGAGGUGGAACGCCGUUGAAGCCUCAGGAGCCGCUCAACGUCUACUUGUUCGCUCUCUUCAACGAGAAUCAGAAACCGGGGCCAACAUCGGAGAGGAACUACGGGCUGUUCUACCCGGACGAGAUGAAAGUGUACGAGAUACCACUCACGGCGGCGGAGCUCAGUAAGGACCAGUCAACACCGGUCAACGAGAGCAAGACCCAAGUGCCAACGCAACCAUCGGGGAACACGUGGUGCGUGGCGAAUGCGAAUGCCGGAGAGGAGAAGCUUCAGGCGGCACUGGACUAUGCUUGCGGAGAAGGAGGGGCGGAUUGCCGUCCGAUUACUGAUGGGUCCACGUGUUUCAAUCCCAACACGCUUGAGGCGCACGCUUCGUAUGCGUUCAAUAGCUAUUACCAGAAGAAGGCUCGUGGAACUGGAACCUGCAACUUUGGAGGUGCAGCUUAUGUUGUCUCUCAACCUCCGAGGUAUGGGACAUGUGAGUUCCCAACAGGUUACUGAGGGAAGAGAAAGAUGGAGUGGACUAUGGAGUCCGAGUAUUAUAUUAUUUAGGGUUAGAUUAUUUGAUUUUAGGGAAAUUAUUCAAUUGAAUUUUCUUGCAUUUGGUAUUUACUAUUGUUAUUAUUACUAUUUCUCAAGGCGAUUAGAUACGGUUGUUAUCAUUUGGUUUGACUCGCUGUAAUUACUAUCAUUUCAUUUCCUAUUUAUAUAGAUUUCUUAUCUAUCUCAAUCAUCUAU